GACCCCAAUAUUUUCCCGACUUGUUCGCGAACUGUCUCAUUUUCUCUCUCUCUUUCUCUCUCUCAUUCUUUUUCUUGUUUUCUUAAAAAAUUUUAUUUUUAUUACUUUUAUUCCGUUUUUUGAUUCUCCUCAGAUCCCAUAUUCUUCAUCGAUAUCCCCACUCACCUCUCUGCUGCUUCCACAAUACGCCAUUCCCAUUUUAUUCUCUUCUUCUCACACCACCUUUCCAUGUCUUCCACCCUCACAAUGCAACGUUUCAAAAUGGGUUUCUCUGAUUACAUCCAAGCAUUAGAACAGGAACGUCGUAAGAUUCAGGUCUUUCCCAAGGAACUUCCCCUUUCCCUAGAACUCGUUACACAAGCUAUUGAAACUUGUAGACAGCAAUUGUCUGGAACAACAACUGAGUAUAAUUUGAAUGGACAAUCUGAGUGUUCUGAACAGACAACAUCAACAGGACCUGUUUUGGAAGAGUUUAUUCCGAUUAAGAAAAGGGCUUCUCCUUAUUGUGAACAAGUCUAUGAUGAUGAUGAUGGUGAUGAAGAAGAUGAGCAACAUUCUCAUCAUAAGCAGCAAAAAAUUUCAAUGGAUGAUGAUAAUAAGAAUUCUGACAAGAAGAAAUCUGAUUGGCUUAGAUCUGUUCAGUUAUGGAAUUCAGAUCCUCCAUCUGAGGAGGAUGCUACUAGGAAAGUGUCUGUGGUAGAAUUGAAGAGAAAUGGAAGUGCUGGUGGUGCUUUUCACCCGUUCCAGAAAGACGAAAGAGUUAACAACAAGACAUGUGAGUUUUUGAGUAAAGGACAACCCUCUUCGACCGGUGUAGCUGCUGCGAGUUCUAACGCAGCCACGACUGUCACUAGUAACAAUGCUGGAAACGACAAAAGAGAGGAUAAAGAGGAAAAGAGAAAGCAGCGAAGAUGCUGGUCACAGGAGUUGCACAAACGAUUCUUGCAAGCACUUCAACAACUCGGAGGUGCAGAUUCUGCCACGCCGAAGCAAAUCAGAGAGCUAAUGAACGUUGACGGUCUCACAAACGAUGAAGUCAAAAGCCAUUUACAGAAAUACCGUUUGCAUACAAGAAGACCGAGUUCAUCGAAUAACGAAAGUGCCAAAUCACAAACAGCAACACCUUUUGUGCUUGUAGGAAACAUUUUUGUCCAACCAACAGAAUACGGCGGGGUAGGUUCAUCAACAACAUCAGGGGAAAUGACAAAGGUAGUUGCACCUUCUGGAAUUUACGCACCAGUGGCCUCACAUCCUCCGGUUGCUACAAUUAAGAAGCCCGAGUUUAAGAAGUUCGAGAAAUCAAUCUCAGAAGAAAGGGGUAAUAAUAAUAAUAAUAAUAAUAAUAACAACAACAACAGUGAAGGCGCUGUUCAUUCGAAUUCACCUGCUUCAUCAUCCUCUACACAUACUACUACUAAUACUUCCCAUGGCUUUUGAGUUUUGAUGAACAUGUAAAAGUUCUGUGACUAUAUUGUUGUAGAAAGUUCUUUGAUAUAUUUUUUGUUGUAUAAUGUUGUUUCUUGAUGUUUAUGUGAUUUAAGCUAUAGAGUUAAAAUACUCGGCAAAGUGACAGUUUUGAUGUUGAAUAAGUCACGCCUUUUUUAGGUGACUAUUACCUUGUUUAUCUAUUUAGUAGAACAAGGUGGAAUGAAAUUUUAAAUUUUAAA